CUCACUUUGUUACUAAUAUGACCAUCAACGCCAACCACACAAUGUCUCCUCCUCCUUCUUCUUCUCUUCUUUCUUCAUAAAUCUCCAUCAACACACACAUCCAUGAGCAGCAGCUUCUCUCUAAUGGCUGCAUUUCAUCUCUAUACAACAUUACUUGUUCUCUUAUUAUCUUUAUUCACCAUUAAAGCAUUUUCAUUCACAGUUCUCGAUCAUCAAAACACAUACAUAGUUCAGAUUCAACAUGAUGAGAAACCAUCAGUUUUUCCCACUUUUAAACACUGGUAUGAAUCUACUCUCAACUCUGUCUCUUUAUCUGUAGAAUUAUCUGAAAACAAUAAUGACGAACCCGGUUUUAAAUCCCGUUCGCAUCAGAAUAAUAUAAACGGCCAAAGUACCAGUAGAAUUAUUCAUACAUAUGAGAAAGUAUUCCAUGGUUUUUCAGUAAAGUUGACACCAUUAGAAGCAACAAAACUCGAAAAACUUUCCGGUGUAAUUGCGGUAAUACCCGAACAAGUACGUCAGAUUCAAACAACUAGAUCGCCGCAGUUUCUUGGGUUAAAAACUAAAGACAGCUCCGGGUUGUUGAAAGAAUCUGAUUUUGGUUCGGAUUUAGUUAUUGGAGUGCUAGAUACCGGAAUUUGGCCGGAACGGAAAAGUUUUCAUGACAGAGAUUUGGGUCCGGUACCGUUGAGAUGGAAAGGCGAAUGUGUGGCCACAAAAGAUUUUGGCCCUCACACUUGUAACCGGAAAUUGAUCGGAGCCAGGUAUUUCAGUGCCGGUUACGAAUCGACGAAUGGGAAAAUGAAUGAGAGCUCCGAGUUGCGGUCGCCGCGGGAUACCGACGGUCACGGCACUCAUACGGCUUCGAUUGCGGCGGGGCGGUAUGUUUUUCCAGCAUCAACUCUUGGGUAUGCUCGUGGUGUAGCUGCAGGAAUGGCGCCUAAGGCUCGCCUUGCUGUUUAUAAAGUUUGCUGGACUGCUGGUUGCUAUGAUGCGGAUAUCUUAGCGGCUUUUGACGCCGCUGUAUCGGAUGGCGUCGAUGUUAUUUCUUUGAGUGUUGGUGGUGUUGUUGUUCCGUAUUAUCUCGAUUCGAUUGCAAUUGGGGCUUUUGGUGCUUCUGAUCACGGUGUUUUUGUUUCGGCCUCGGCGGGGAAUAGCGGUCCUGGAGGACUCAGUGUAACAAAUGUUGCACCAUGGGUUACGACUGUCGGUGCAGGUACAAUUGAUAGAGAUUUUCCAGCUCAUGUUAAGCUUGGUAAUGGCAAGGUAAUUCCAGGGAUGAGUAUUUACGGUGGUCGCGGAUUGUCUCCGGGGAAACAAUAUCAGCUUGUUUAUGCUGGUAGCGGUGAAGGUAGCGGUGGUGACGGAUAUUCAUCUUCGUUGUGUUUAGAAGGCUCUUUGGACCCUAAAUUUGCAAAAGGGAAAAUUGUUUUAUGCGAUAGAGGCAUGAUUUCGCGCGAAACGAAAGGCGAAGUUGUGAAGAAAUCCGGCGGAGUCGGUAUGAUUAUAGCUAAUGGUGUUUUUGAUGGGGAAGGUCUAGUUGCUGAUUGUCAUGUUUUGCCGGCAACUUCAGUUGGAGCUUCAGGUGGCGAGGAGAUCCGCAAGUAUAUGGCGUCUUGCUCCAAGACCAGGACUAAGCCUACAGCUACUAUACUAUUCAAGGGUACUCGAUUAAGAGUUAGGCCGGCUCCGGUUGUUGCAUCGUUUUCGGCUCGCGGUCCUAAUCCGGAAUCACCUGAUAUUUUGAAGCCUGAUGUUAUUGCACCUGGUUUGAACAUACUUGCGGCUUGGCCUGACCGUGUCGGUCCGUCCGGGCUUCCUACCGAUAAACGGAGAACCGAGUUCAAUAUACUUUCAGGCACUUCCAUGGCAUGUCCUCAUGUGUCUGGUUUGGCUGCAUUGUUGAAAGCUGCGCAUCCGGAAUGGAGUCCUGCUGCAAUACGGUCUGCUUUGAUGACCACUGCAUACACGGUUGAUAACCGCGGCGAGACAAUGCUUGACGAAUCUACAGGCAAUACAUCGACAGUUAUGGAUUUUGGUGCAGGUCAUGUUCAUCCACAAAAAGCUAUGGAUCCUGGUCUAGUAUACGACAUUUCAUCCUACGAUUACGUCGAUUUCCUCUGCAACUCGAAUUACACCGGGCGGAAUAUCAUGACGAUAACCCGGAAAAACGCAGACUGCAAAGGCGCAAGAAAAGCCGGUCACAGCGGCAACUUGAAUUACCCGUCCAUGACGGCUGUUUUUCAACAAUACGGCAAGAAGAAAAUGUCAACACACUUUAUCCGUUCCGUGACAAACGUUGGUGACGCGAAAUCGGUUUAUCGGGUCACAAUCAAACCUCCAAGAGGGAUCAGAGUGACAGUGAAACCAAUGAUUCUUGUUUUCAGAAGGAUGGGCCAGAAACUGAAUUUUGUUGUCAGGGUUGAAGCAAGACAGGUGAACUUAACUGCAGGGAGUUCACUUGUGAGAAGUGGUUCGAUACAUUGGAAAGACGGUAAACAUGUUGUAACCAGUCCCAUUGUGGUCACAAUGCAAGAACCACUUUGAGAUUUCGUCUUUUAAGUUUUGUUGGUAAUGAAGCAAUAGAUACAGAUAUUAUGUAUAAGAAGACUACAGAUGCCUCUCUAGAAGAGAGAGCGUUUAGUCGUUGAGUAUUGGUGCGCGCUCAUCGAUGCUCGAUCUAGUUUCUAGGAACCGUUAAGAAGAAUGUAAUUGAGGUUUUUCUAUUCCAGAAAAAGCUGAUCAGUGAAGUGAAGUUUUGUGUAUAGUGGAGGAAUAGCAUAAGCAAGAAUGUCUGUAUAAAUGUUGCUUAUAUUAAGCAACAUUGCAAGAGAAAAACGUGGAAUCAUGCAUUGUUUGUUGGAC